GAGAACUUAGUACAGGUAAACCAUGUCGCACAUCCAUGUGUGAAGAACUUAGUACAGGUAAACCUCGUCACACAUGGAUGUGCGACGAGGUUUACCUGUACUAAGUUCUUCACACAUGGAUGUGCGACAUGGUUUACCUGUACUAAGUUCUCCACACACGGAUGUACGACAUUGUUUACCUGUACUAAGUUCUCCACACACGGAUGUGCGACGAGGUUUACCUGUACUAAGUUCUUCACACAUGGCUGUGCGACAUGGUCUACCUGUACUAAGUUCUCCACACAUGGAUGUGCGACGAGGUUUACCUGUACUAAGUUCUUCACACAUGGCUGUGCGACAUGGUUUACCUGUACUAAGUUCUCCACACACGGAUGUACGACAUUGUUUACCUGUACUAAGUUCUCCACACACGGAUGUGCGACGAGGUUUACCUGUACUAAGUUCUCCACACACGGAUGUACGACAUUGUUUACCUGUACUAAGUUCUCCACACACGGAUGUGCGACGAGGUUUACCUGUACUAAGUUCUUCACACAUGGCUGUGCGACAUGGUUUACCUGUACUAAGUUCUCCACACACGGAUGUACGACAUUGUUUACCUGUACUAAGUUCUCCACACACGGAUGUGCGACGAGGUUUACCUGUACUAAGUUCUCCACACACGGAUGUACGACAUUGUUUACCUGUACUAAGUUCUCCACACACGGAUGUGCGACGAGGUUUACCUGUACUAAGUUCUCCACACACGGAUGUACGACAUUGUUUACCUGUACUAAGUUCUCCACAUACGGAUGUGCGACGAGGUUUACCUGUACUAAGUUCUUCACACAUGGCUGUGCGACAUGGUUUACCUGUACUAAGUUCUCCACACACGGAUGUACGACAUUGUUUACCUGUACUAAGUUCUCCACACAUGGAUGUGCGACAUUGUUUACCUGUACUAAGUUCUCCACACAUGGAUGUACGACAUGGUUUACCUGUACUAAGUUCUCAUCCCGGCGUCACGAUUAUUUUUUUUUACGCAAACAUAUUCUGCAAAAUAACAAAAUGCUAGCCGCGACUGUUUUUGCUAUUUUGGGGUAACAACUAUUGUAAACUGUGUUUUCAUUUCAGCUCUAUUGCUAAGAGCGCUUCACUGGAUUUCCCACAUACUUUGUACCUGUACUCAACCGACCUACCUUAAUGUUGGGCAUGGUUUACUUGCACCUAAGUGCUCAAACUGUCUUAACAUAAAAAUAAGCUUUAACAAUCAUUGUAGUUGUUUCAUGUAGAUAUUUUGUAUUAUUCUCGUAAUUUAGUUUCUUUUUCUGUUGUAUUUAAUCACGUCACUGACAGUAUAUAUAACCACAUGUGUGUCACAUGUGUAGGCCAGGUAAACUGCGUUGAAACAAGGUGUUUGCAGUUUCUAUGUUCGCAUUACAGAACAAUCCACGAGAUCAGCUAAGGCCCGAAAAAUGUACUGGUUUCUGGCUAGGAAUAUCUUCUGCCGUAGUUAAGCCUUUUGCCUUCCUUUGCUCUAAGAAUUUUACUAGGAUUUGAUUCAAGAGCACAAAAUUAUAUCUAGGCUAUAUGUUGAAUUAAAAAUAAAUAAAUGAGAAAAAAGAUGGAUAUUUUUUAAGUUUUGGUCCAUUUAUUCCAAAAAC